AAUUCCGAAAGGUUGUCUACACGAGGCAUGACGAAAGUAUUGUCGUCGCAAAGAGACUACUUAAAUUUUAAUUGUUUUGUUAGAGAUCGAGCAAUCUGCGAACGAAGUGUAUCACAAGUAGAAACAAGAAGCAUGCCUAGUGAAGGGAAUCAGUUAUUUCACUGCUAUAAUCGUGGAUGUGGGCAGAAAUUUGAUCCAAAUGAAAACAGAGAAGAUUCAUGUACGUUCCAUCCAGGAGCUCCAUUCUUUCAUGAUGCAUAUAAAGGCUGGUCGUGUUGUGAGAAAAAAUGUAGAGAUUUCACGGAAUUUCUUAAUAUAGAGGGUUGUACCAAAUCUUACCACAGCAAUGAGAGACCUCCAGAAGCAGAGCGAUCUCCAGUUGACAAAUCUAAGUCAAAUGAAGUUAUUGAAUACAAAUCACCUCAGGCUCAUGUUUUUGAGGCGCUGGAGAGGCCGCCAUUUGAAUCGUCGCUAGUGAAUCUAAAAGUGGAGGUGUCGCCAACCUUAGUACAGCAAGUGAAAUCGCUCACGAGACCCGCGAGUGACGGUUCUGUAGGAAGCCAUAACGUCACUGAAAUUGCUAUAGGCACAUCGUGCAAGAAUAGAGGUUGCAGGCAAACAUAUGAAGGGCCUGGAACUGCAGAAACCGCCUGCUCACAUCACCUUGGUUUCCCGGUGUUCCACGAGGGACUCAAAUUCUGGCCCUGUUGUCAGCGACGCACCACUGACUUCGACAGCUUUCUGGAGUUAGAGGGGUGUGUGGUAGGAGAACAUAUGUGGUUUAAAGAAAAGGGGCAGGACCAAGAGGUGAGCUGUCGUUACGACUGGCAUCAGACGUCCAGCGAUGUUGUCGUUUCUAUAUUUGCUAAGAAAUACGAUCCGGAUGGCUCCUUCGUGCAACUGAAUCCGGUUCGGCUGAUGGUGCACCUCUUCUUUCCCGAGGAUCAGAGCGUCUUCAGUUUAGAUUUGGAAUUACGUGGGGUGGUAGAUGUGGCUCUCAGUGCUGCCAGCAUGCUUCCCACGAAACUCGAGGUGAAGCUUCGAAAGGCGGAGCCCGGCUCGUGGUCCAGAGAGUUCAGGAUGAGAAGACAUUCAAUUCCCAACAUCCUCCCCACCCUGGUCAACCUCCAGAGGCAUGACCAGUUGAACUGGACGGGAGAUCGUGGACCCCUCUGGCGUCCGAAGAAUGACAGUUCGGAUUCUGCCACCCCUUCUUCUAUACGCGCCUUCUUCCACAUGUGA